CCCCCCAAACGCCACUUCCGACGUUUACAAACGCAGCAUUCUCUUUUCCAGCGUGUGAGAAGAGAAGUAAGUGUCCUGCUGGAAAACUGGAGCUCGGUUUGAACAGCACAGCUACAGUAAGAUGAGCUUUACGCGGCGGAUCCUGAACGGCGUCAGGUUCACAUGUCGUUCGUCUCCCACAAGCUGCCGGAGGUUUUGCUCUUCACAGCCUGUAAUGGCGUCAAGGCACACUCAUGCUAAGAGAAUUGAGGGACUGGACAAAAAUGUUUGGGUGGCGUUCACGUCAGUAGCAGCCGACCCAUCCAUCGUCAACCUGGGCCAGGGCUUUCCAGACAUCCCCCCUCCUUCUUACGUCAAGGAGGCUUUGGCGAAGGCCGUGUCAGUGGACCGCAUGAACCAGUACACCAGAGGCUUUGGUCACCCAUCCUUAGUGAAGGCCCUUUCUCAGGUGUAUGGGAAGGUUUACGGUCGCCAGGUUGACCCUCUUAAAGAAAUCCUGGUCACAGUCGGGGGUUAUGGUUCCUUAUUUAGCACCAUGCAGGGCCUGGUGGAUGAAGGAGAUGAGGUGAUCAUAGUGGAACCUUUCUUUGAUUGCUACGUACCGAUGGUCAGAAUGGCCGGAGCCAAGCCUGUGUUGAUCCCAUUACGGCCUAAAUCUGGAAAGAAGACAGUCUCAAGUGGCGACUGGUUUCUCGACCCAGACGAGCUCUCUGCAAAGUUCAGCUCCAAGACGAAAGCAAUCAUCAUCAAUACGCCCAACAAUCCUAUAGGGAAGGUUUUUACCAGAGGCGAGCUGCAGGUGAUCGCAGACCUCUGCAUCAAACACGACACGCUGUGCUUCAGCGACGAGGUUUACGAGUGGCUCGUCUUUAAGGGACACCAGCACGUCAAGAUCGCCACUCUGCCUGGAAUGUGGGACAGAACCAUAACCAUCGGCAGUGCAGGGAAGACCUUUAGUGUUACCGGCUGGAAGCUGGGUUGGUCUAUAGGACCUCAGCACUUGAUAAAACACCUGCAGACCGUCAUGCAGAACACUCUGUACACCUGCCCUACACCUCUACAGGAGGCAGUGGCUCAGGGUUUGCUGCUGAACUAUAAGCUGAUGGGUCAGCCCGACUGUUAUUUCUCUUCACUGGCUGAGGAGCUGGAGGGGAAGAGGGACCGCCUGGCCGCCAUCCUGCAGGAGGCCGGGAUGACUCCGGUCAUCCCAGAGGGAGGCUACUUCAUGCUGGUGGACGUCACGCCUCUCAAUCAAGACCUGUCCCACAUGGGCGACGAUGAAGCCUACGACUACAAGUUUGUUAAGUGGAUGAUUAAAGAAAAGAAAUUAGCUGCUAUUCCGGUCACAGCGUUCGUCGGAGAGGAGUCCAAGGAGCAGUUUGAGAAAUAUAUUCGCUUGUGCUUCAUAAAGGAAGACAGCACUCUGGAAGCAGCAGGGAACAUCUUAAAAAACUGGAGGAAAGUUUAGCAGCAUGUAGAGUUUGAACAAAUGGGAAUUAACCGGAAAUAACAUUUUUAAAGGGGCAGCAUUAUGUAAAAUCAAGUUUGCAUCAUGGUGUAAUGUUAUUCAAUCAUAAAAAACACACUU